AUGGAACAAAGUGACCUGGAACGCCAAUAUGUAUUCAAGCCUAUUCCUCUUCAUAUUAAACACACAAUCAGCGUAUCGAUGAUUCUCUUCGCAUUCCUUUCCUUAAUGGGAAAUAGCCUCGUGGUGUACUCCAUCAGACCCCCGAAAACUCCCAACUCCAGAGCCUUUAGAAGAACCUCGACUAAAUUAUUCGUACGCUGCCUGGCUACAUCGGACAUUCUCAGCGCUCUCAUCACAUGUCCUGUUCUUGUUAUCGAGAUCUACGUACCGAUAACCCCGAGCUCUUGGGCAUGCCACCUGGUCAGGUACAUUGCGCUUUUUCUCACCGUUAUUACAAUGAUGAAUAUCUUCGCUAUAGGAAUUGAACGGUACUUUGCUAUUUUUCGCCCUCUUUCCCCACCAUCCAACAAAACCACCAAGAUGCUUAUUGCCGGAGCGUGGAUCAUUGGGAUGGUGAUGACGGCGCUAAUAAACAUCAACAUAAGGAGAAGAAGGUAUUUUAUUGACGAGGACAAGUACACCCUUUUCUGCUCCUACGACAACUCAACGCCUACCAGUAGAAUAAUCAACAUCGUGUUCGUUCUCCUUGUGUAUUACUUCCCCUGCAUCAUUCUGACAGUACUCUGUAUCAGAAUCCUAAGGUUUCUAAAACAUCGAAGACGAACAGGCCCUGCUCAAAUGGCUGGCGAUAUCAACAACUCGCGAAGAUUCAAAGGUAGUUACAUGCUAGUGUCCCUCAUCUUCGCCUUCAUCCUCCCGUACCUUGCCUACGUGGUCUACCUCACCGUAAUGAUGAUUCUCAAGCCUCCAGUCAGUUACGUCACGGAUUUCACUGUCAGAUAUGCAACUGCAGUCGCAGGCUAUUCAAACGGUGUGUUGAAUCCUGUCAUCUACCUUAUUUUCAUGAAAGAUGCUCGUGCGCGUUUGAAGGGUCUGUUUACGAGAAGGCAACGGGUGGGACGACAUCAUGUCGCAAAGGAGAGGCUUCAACAAACUUGGAGCAAGACAGGAGAAAUUUCAGCCCCGAUCCAAGGGUUAGAAGCGGCUACUAGUCGAAGCAGAUCUAUCACACCUGGAAAAGAAUUUUGUCUAGAAGAAGAAAAAGGUUGUACACCUAAUUUGAAUCCCGGAACGCAUUCAGCUGAACUCGAAAGUCACUAUUUGACUACAAAACUUUGA